AUUUAUAUUCAGAUGCUUGGCAACUGAUUCAUAUUUUUGAUGGUCACAGUGUCCCAUGGUCAUGUGAAGUGACCAAAAGUCUGGAACCAAAUGGGGACUCUAAUGUGAUCACCAUUUUAAACUAAUGUUGCUGGAAACAUCCAUAGGAUUAUUUUGAGACCUUAACAUGUGGGUUUAUAUUCAUAACUUUUGGUGUGCCCAAGGUGGGUCAAGUUAUUCUGGCACAUUUCGGACCCGAAAACAUUGUAAGUUAAUGGUUUUGAGGAGAUAACCACUGCCGUUUUACCCUGCCUGAGGCCAACGGCUGAAUACAAAGUAGGUUACAAGAGAAAUUCCAGCUACAUCUAUCUAACUUCCAACUUCGCUUUAAAAAAUCUGCAAUCGCGCAGUGAUUAGAACAAUCGUAAUAGAUACUGAAACGAGGAAGUUUACCAAAUGUACUGAAAAACCACAUAAAAUUGAGAUCGGAUUUACAUUCUGAAUUUAAAGUGAAAGUGAACCAGCGUCUCGAACAGCAGAGAAAGCAAAGCGAGCUCAGGCACACUUCAUAAGCGCCUCUUAAAAUAUGGAGCGAAAUGCUAACAAAUAGGAACCACAACCACUAUUCAGUGGAGUGUCAAAAUUACACAACUACUUCCUUUCACACCCUUCCAAGGACCAAACUAAUGUGAAAAGUGGAAGGUAGAUGUUCAAGCCACUCCUUUUAUUUAACAUGACUCGCUUACGUCGCGCCUGCACCGAUUUUGGCAUGGGCUUGCAGCGUGUGGGAAGGAUUAGGUUAGUAAAGCUACGAGUUUAGGAGCUCUUCUUUGGGAGGAAGUGGUGCCGUUUUAGUGGGCUUCAGCUCUAUGCAGUUUUGAAACGGAUUGAUCUGUUGCAAGGCUCCAAUCCUCAACGAUACUUUGGAAUAUUUCCAAGAGCACUUCCAAUGUCGAAUAAACAAGCGCAAAGAAUCACAUUGUAAGUCACAAGAGCCACAGUGUUUAUGUACAAUGGAUCAAGCCCUCUUGUGGUUCAAGAACCUGUUUACUACAAAGGAGGCAGAAGAAAGCAAAUCGAUUAUGCAGAAAAAUUCAUAUGCUGAGAAUGAAGCAUCCUGUUAUGCCAGCAUUAAUAGAGCAGAUGCUUCUGAGGUGUCUUGUGUUCCUUGUGGUAACCACACCAGUCGAGCUUUUGUCACUUGUCCUACUUGCCAAGGCACUGGAAGAAUCCCCCGAGAGCAGGAGCAACAGCUAGUGGCUCUCAUUCCAUAUGGAGACCAGCGGCUGAAGCCUAGACGGACGAAGCUGUAUGUAUUUCUCACAGUAGCCAUUUCCCUGCUGACAACUUGUCUCAUGAUGUACUUCCUGUUCCCACGUUCAGUUGCUGUGCUCCCCUCAGGUCUCAAUGCCUCCACCAUCUCUUUUGACAAUUCUACUUCCAGCAUCAUCCUGAAUAUGACUAAUAUAUUAAAUGUGACAAACAGCAAUUUUUAUCCUGUGUAUGUGGCUCAGCUUGAUAUUGAAGUCUUGCAUAAAACAGUGGUGAUUGGGAAAAAAACAGUGAUGACUCAGUUGGAUAUUAGGCCUUUGCAGAGUGCCCAGAUCCUUUAUAGUGUCUCUAGUACAAUCAUGGAUACCAACACUUACAAAAUUUGCACAUGGAUCAAAAUAAAAGUUCACAAUGUUCUUCUGCAUAUACAAGGUACCCUGACUUGUUCCUAUCUCUCUCAUUCAGAGCAACUCUCCUUUGAAAAGUAUCAGUAUGUGGAUUGCAGAGAUGGUGUCCUACUGUCUUUAUUCUAAAGUCUCUCAUGGCUACAGUAGAGCCCUGGAGGAACUUCUUUUGGCUAUGUGUUCAGUCCCCUUCAGUGAAAUUGCAGUAGCAUGAAGCUUCUGGGGAUUUGUGGGAAGAAACUGAAACUUUGAUUCUUUAUUGCCAGUUCUACAAAACAGGAAGAUAGAUCUGGUACCACAUUCCUUUUAAGAUAGCAUGUAAUGAUGCUGAUGGAUUAGCUUCAUUUUAAAAGAACAGCAGACCGGAAUGCAAGGAGAACAUGCUAACAUAAGAGAGUUAUACCUCAUAUUGGAAUUUGAGUGGACUUAGGCUGCAUGGAUCACCAAGUGGCUGUUGAAUUUGUACUGAUAUCAUUUAUUUUGGAGGUUAUUGCUUGGAGCUGGGAUCUCUAAACACAAUGAAACUUGCCAUUGUAGACUUUAUUGGAAAGCUGGGAGCAUUCUCCUUUUCCCAGAACUAUUUUCUCCUAUAUUCAUAUAGCAGGAGAAAAUUUUGAACUUUUUGAAGGAGACACCACUGAAUUAAGGUUGUGCCUUUUCUCCCACUAGAUUUUUCUCUGUUCAUUAGUUAAUCUCUUUUAUAAAUUGUAGGAAGAAAAAAAGGCUCCUGAAGCCAAAAUUAUGGCUCUGUACAAUUUGCUUUUCUAAAUCUAUUUCUACUAUAAUUUUAUUUUUUUUUUUUUUUGUGAACAUUAUUAAUUUUUUAAAAGCAUAAAAUACAAAAAAAGGAAAGAAAAUAUUAAAAGGCUCAUCAUUUUUGGAGCUAAGAGGGGAAUAAAAUCCUGAAAACAUUUUCUCUUGGACCAGUAUGACAGUUCAGAUACAAAAAAAUAAUCUGUAAAAAAUGAUUAUGCAUUGAUAGAAUUGCUGGCCUUUAAAUUUAAGUAGGUUUGAAGCAAAUAUGCAAUGUUGCCUAAUAAUAAUAUAUGGUAGGAAAGACAGGUUGAUAAGAAAAACUAAUACUUUGGUCACUGGAAAAGGUAGUUACGUAGCCAUCUUUUUAAAAAGAUAUUUGUACAAUACCUCCAAAAUUCUUUCAAGUUUGGCUUCAUUUGAUUUUCAGACUACUUAGUGCUGCAAUGUAGAGUAAAUAUCAGGUAGUUUGGAAAAUAAGUGUUUUAUUGGGAUCUAAUGAAUUUUUCCUGGCUGCACUUCUUAUUCUUUUUAUUAUAGUUAAUAGACUAGAGACCCAUAGUUAUUUAUUUUCUUGUUCAGGAUGGAGAGGAUCAGAUUUCCUCUUCAUUAUUUUUCUGAAUAAAACUAUUUUGCUACAAA